UGCGCCUCUACGGCGGCGUGUGUUUUCCAUGUCGGGAUCAGAGAAUCGACUCCGCAACGGAGCUCCGACGGCUUUGCUGAAGCAGAAUUCGUGGUCUCCCGACAUUCUCCGGGACGAGGCGUGGACGAUUCGCCGGAGAAAUCACCGGCUGCGGCGCGGCCGCAGCGUGACGGACGAUGACCUAGACGAGCUGCGCGCCUGCUUUGACCUGGGUUUCAGCUUCGAUUCGCCCGAUUUGGAUCCGAAACUCCGCUCCACUUUCCCCGGACUUGAUUUGUACUACGCCGUGAACCGCCAGUACAGCAAUACUCUCUCCCGAACCUCGUCGGCGUCGUUUUCCGAUUGCGACUCCGCUUCGUUGUCCGUCGGCAGCCCUAAAUCGAUCAUCGAUCCAGGUGAAGAACCAGAGAUAGUCAAAACGAAAUUGAGGCAAUGGGCGCAGGUGGUGGCGUGUUCGGUGCGCCAAUUUUCGCCUAACCCGUGAUUCGAUGGCGACUCAUAAUUUAACAGCCGAAAGCCCCAAAAAAAUGAAAAAAGGAAAAAAAAAAAAAAAAAAAGCAAAAGGUAGAUUUUCUCCUUUUUUUUUCUUUUUUUUUUUUGUCCCCCGCUACCAAUCUCUAUCUUUGUCUCUAAGUUUAAAAUCAUUGCUGAAAAUGGCAAUUGAAUUUCUAGAUUUUUUUUCCUGCUGGUUUCGGUGGUUGAAGAUUGUUGUUGGUUUUUGCCCCAUUUACUGCGGGGUUUGUAAAUAAUUUAAUUUAAUUAUUUCCUAUAUCUGCUUUUGA